CUGCAGAGCUCAUGGUGUACUCUUGAAAUCCGUGUUGCUGUUGCCGACCAUAAAAAUCUGUUGAGUGCAAGUGGAAGUGCUGGAAGUAGCAAAUGUUAAACGCUAGCUAACGCGAUACAGCCAGAAACAGCAGUCUACAGCCCAGAUGUAACAAAGGUCAAGAUAACGAGAAGCACUUUUAGUUAGUAGAUGCCCGCUUUUCGUCCUGGACCUUUCCGUAACAUUAGUGUAUCCGUUUUCAUUCGGAAACCGUGCUGGACAGUUAGCUUGCUAGUGUUCAGAGCUAGUUCACGUUAUUUCUCCUCGGACACGUUUCCUCCCUUUAAAACCCCCAAAGCUGAAUGUGCUUUCUGUCAUGUGUCCGGCCGGGUGCUCCCAUGUGAACGGUUUCAAAGUGGACAAUUGGAAGCAAAACCUGCGAGUCAUAUAUCAGUGCUUUGUGUGGACCGGCACCGCAGAAACCAGGAGACGUAAGGCAAAGUCGUGUAUCUGUCACAUGUGUGGUGCACACCUGAACAGGCUGCAUUCGUGCUUAUACUGUGUCUUCUUCGGCUGCUUUUCCAAGAAACACAUCCACGAACACGCCAAAAACAAACGGCAUAACCUAGCUAUCGACUUGUUAUAUGGUGGAAUAUACUGCUUCGUUUGUCAAGACUACAUAUACGACAAAGACAUGGAGCAGAUCGCCAAAGAAGAACAGAGGAAGGCCUGGAAACUUCAAGGUAUAGGGGAAAAGUAUUCAACGUGGGAGCCCACCAAGCGGGAGCUGGAGCUGCUACGUCAUAAUCCAAAGCGCAGGAAAAUUACUUCCAACUGCACCAUAGGUUUACGUGGCUUGAUCAACUUGGGCAACACAUGCUUCAUGAACUGCAUCGUGCAGGCACUCACACACACGCCGCUACUGCGUGACUUCUUCCUGUCAGAUCGGCAUAAGUGCGAGAUGCAGGCCAAUUCUUGCCUGGUGUGCGAGAUGUCUCAGCUCUUUCAAGAGUUCUAUUCGGGCCACCGGUCUCCCCACAUCCCAUUCCGGCUGCUGCACCUGGUGUGGACACAUGCACGUCACCUGGCCGGCUAUGAGCAGCAGGAUGCACAUGAAUUCCUCAUAGCUGCCCUGGAUGUGCUGCACCGCCACUGCAAAGAUGAUGACAACGGGAAGAAAGCCAACAAUCCAAAUCACUGUAACUGCAUCAUUGACCAAAUUUUCACUGGUGGAUUACAGUCAGAUGUGACCUGUCAAGUUUGCCAUGGUGUUUCCACUACGAUAGACCCAUUCUGGGACAUUAGUCUGGACCUGCCUGGCUCGUCCACGCCAUUCUGGCCUCUGAGUCCGGGAGGCGACAGUGCCGUGGUCAAUGGAGAGGGUCACAUGACCGGCUCCACCACACUCACAGACUGCCUGCGUCGAUUCACUCGGCCUGAGCAUCUAGGUAGCAGUGCCAAAAUUAAGUGCGGAGGUUGUCAUAGCUAUCAGGAGUCCACCAAACAGUUGACAAUGAAGAAGCUUCCUAUAGUCGCAUGUUUUCAUCUGAAGCGCUUUGAGCAUUCAGCGAAGUUGCGCAGAAAGAUCACUACCUAUGUAUCGUUCCCCUUAGAACUGGACAUGACACCUUUCAUGGCCUCCAGUAAAGAGAGCAGAGUAAAUGGCCAGUACCAGCAAUCAGUAGAUGUAUUAAACAACGACAAUAAAUACUCCCUGUUUGCUGUAGUGAAUCACCAGGGCACAUUAGAAAGUGGUCACUACACCAGUUUCAUCCGCCAGCACAAGGACCAAUGGUUUAAAUGUGACGAUGCCAUCAUCACCAAGGCCAGCAUUAAGGACGUGCUGGACAGUGAAGGGUAUUUGUUAUUCUACCAUAAGCAGUUCCUUGAAUACGAGUAGCUUUAACACAUCAAUCUGCUGACUGUGGAGUGCUUCGUUCAUCCAGUGAAAGCGGCUGAGAGGGAGAUCACACCUGCAGCAGAGGACACAAUUAACACAAGCCUACCUGAAACUGUGACUACCCACCGCUUCCUUCCCACUUAGGGGCCAAAGCAAAAGAGACAAAAAAACAAAAUCAUGCAACACAUUCAAACCAGCACUGAGCUAACCAUUACUUGAUGUGAGAAAAGCGGAGGAGAGGAAGAAGUGCACGACUGCUUUCCGCCUCUCCUGCCACUUUCUCCACUGCUGAAAAAAGAAGAGGGUGAAAUGAACAGAUCUGUGAAAACAGGAGUAGAGGGCACAUCUCAACUAGUUUUUGUUAUUUUUGUAGAGGGUUUUUUUUUCUGUUUUGUUAUUCUGUCUUUUCCUCUCCAUGGUGCUCUCACUCAAACUGACCAAGCGUUAGAAGCCUGCUGGGCUGAGUCAGUGUCUAUUUUGCAUAUGCAUAUGAACUCAAUGCAACAAAAUGUUUUUUUUUGUUUGUUUGUUUUUUAUUUAAAUAAUGGACUAGCACAUAAAAAGGUUUGUUUGUUUGUUUGUUUGUUUGUUUGUUUUAAAGAACUUAUUAUAAACAUUGUUUGUGAUAUUGGUAAUGAAAUGCUGUAUGCCUUCAGUAUCUAGUCUCCAUUUUUUCAACAGUCGACUUGGCUGAAGCAGUAAAGUAUGUAGGUCUGGGACAGUACUGCCAUGGAAGCUGAGCGCCUAGGCAAGUCUGUGUUAUUUCUGUUUUCUGUUUAUUUUUAUAUUCUUGAGUUUACUCAAUCCAUGUUCACCUUUUUGAUUUUAAAAUUCUCUUCAACAGAGUUUUGUUGGAGUUGUUUUCAGUUGUUUCCUUCCCUCAAAUUUAUAAUUUGUAUCUCUGUUGUGUUGUGAACAGUUUUGGUAAGGUAUUAUAAAGCUGAUGCUGGCUCUCUGCUGAAGAGGAGCAGCAGACCUGGCCAUUUUUCAAGGCAAUAUUUGGCAAGACCACUCGUACAGUGUUAUUUUACUGUUGUGAUCUGUGUGCCUCUGUGAUUUUGAUCAUCCCUCAAGAGCCAAGCCUGUAGGCCUAUGCAAGGCAGGUGUUUAAAGGAAGAGUUCACCACUUUAAAAAAAAAAAAAAAAAAAAAAAAAAAAAAAAAAAAAAAAAACCACAAAGGAAAGAAAGAAAUCGACAAGCAUCUUCUUGCCUCAGCUUUAUCUGUGAUUGGUAGAGAGGCCAUUUUCAUCACUGAACUGUUUGGUCAAAGCAUGCUUUUAGAGACCCUACUCUCUCACCCAGCAUUUAAAGAAAACUGUAUGUGACAAGCGAUUACUAAAGGUUGUUUUGUAUCAUUAGCACAGCAUGACAUAAAGCAAAACAUCUCUGCCAUGCACAAGUGGCGAGUCAAAACAGUCACAUGAGUGGCAAGUAGUCAAAAAUGAAGUAUGAAAUUGCACAUGCAUCAGGUUUCAAAUGUUCCAUUAGCUAUAUUAAUGUUACUAUUCUCACAAACACAAUAAAACAGUAAAAUACAACAAUUUCAUUCUUAUCCUCCUCCAUAUUCCCCAUGAUGCUGUGCUUUCACCGCAUGCAAUAUGAAGUAACUAUUGAACAGUUUAAAUCAAUUCUAUUAUGUUCUAAAUGGCCUCUGUGUUGCGGUAGUGUGGUAAACACACAAAACAAGAACUCUUCCAGGAACCAUUGACCUGGGCUAAGAAUUGGGUCACAGGUUUUGUCCCAACACGAUUACUUUGACAUCUGGUGACUUACCUAUAGAUGGUAUAAAAUGUGGUUUAAUUUUGAGCUUGCCAUGUAGGUGGUUACUGUAAGAAUUUUUAAUAGAAGCUACAUUACUGACUCUCCCUGUUGACCUAAAGGUUUCUCUGCCUCUGUCUCAGGCCACAUACAUCCAUAGUAGUAUGGAUAGUAAGGUAUUUGAAAUGUUCCUAAUUUUAUUUUUCCACACUACAGCAUGCAUAAACCUAUGCACUUAAAAGCAUGACAUAGCACAUGAUAACAUAGUGUGUAUUAAUCAGUUAUGGUUUAUUUUUUCCCCCGAACUGAGUUCCAACACACAACCUCUCCUGUUCUAGGGCACCUGAUAGAUAGUGGGUAAAGUUGGGCUCAAAAAUUUUAAAACCAGUUUAUAGAACACUUUUUCAUAUUUUACUAUUUGUCUUCCUCACACAACAACUUCAGGCAAAGCUCAGAGAAGAAACACUCUCUGUAGCACUCCAGACAAACCUGCAAACCAGGGGGAAAAUUAUGUGGCCCUCCAAUAAAUCAGGACAAGGAGGUAUCUUUGGCUGUGUGUUAUUCAUAUUUGGAAUGCUACACCUUCUUACAUUAGUCAUUAGGUGUUUUAAGGAAGGAUUCUGAGGGAACACUGAAGGAUGGGACUAAAUUUGUUUAGAUUUAAUUUCAAAGCUUUUCAAGGUACAAAAAUUCUAUUUUUAAUAAUCCCAAGCAGACCACUCUCAAGAAAGUGUUAUUAUGCAAAUGGUUCAUACUAACCAACUCUAGAGCAGGAGGUGUGAAUUGUUGGAAUGCACAAGGGGCCGCCUCUGACAGUAUUCUCUAUGGCAUCGUGCCUUGUGCACAGUGGUGCCUAUGCACACAAACUCAGUGCUGCUCUUUUAAAUCCGUAUGCUGUUUCCAUGUGGAGCUAAAGACAAAAUAACACACCAGUAUAUUUGUGUCUGUCUGAUGUUCUUAACAUCACUUUUCACCAAAAGAAAUCCUCAAGGUAAACCUUACAUCAAGGUUGCACAGCUUAUGGCAAGUCAGCAGUUGCAAGUGGCACGUGGUAAUGCCACAUCAAAGACCUCAAAAUAUAACUGGUGUGCUUAUGUUAAAAAAUAAAACAAACAAAUAAAAACAUUAGAUGA